GAGCCUGAGAGUGGCGAGGCAACCGAACCUUCUGGACGAAAGCUUGUCUCCUCCUCCGUGGCUGUGUUCGCGGGCGGGGACGAUGGACGACGAGAGCGUCGAGAGGAUUCUGGAGCGCGAGAGACUCCAGAUGGAGCAGAUCAGAGAGCUCGACAUGGAGGAGCUCCAGAUCGAAGAAGUCGACGACGAUCACUCUUCCGACGACGACGACGUCCUCGUCAGUGGCCGUGGUGAUGGAGGGGCAGGUCCAUCUGGUGGCUUUACCUUCAAUACAUGUUUGGCUUCAUUGCAUACAUAUCUUGGUGAGGUUGAUGAUACCCAUGGUAGGCUGUCUUUUUUGGAUGGCGGUGCAAUCUUGAAUUUGCCAAUGUUCUAUCUUGAAGGAGUAGUUUUGUUCCCUGAAGCGACCCUUCCUCUCAGAGUGAUUCAACCUAGAUUUAUUGCUGCUGUGGAAAAAGCUCUGAACCAGAUUGAUGCUCCAUGCACAAUUGGUGUGGUUCGGGUUUAUAGGCUCCCAGAUGAUGGAAGGCUUCGCUUUGCUGCAGUUGGGACAACUGCAGAGAUACGGCAAUAUCGGCGAUUGGAUGAUGGUUCGUUAAAUGUGGUUACUCGUGGUCAACAACGCUUUCGCUUGAGACGCCGUUGGAUAGAUGUUGAAGGAGCACCAUGCGGUGAAGUGGAAAUAGUUCAGGAAGAUACACCACUGAGAACACCAAAGGAUGCAUUUGCGCAGCUGGCUUCAGUCAGUAACUUUCGGAAAUGUAGUUUUUCACGUGCAGCACCUUUAGAUGCUUCUCCUGCUAAGCAACAUGCGUGUGAGGAUGUAGACAAUGAUUGGGAACGUAUGUCUGUUACCAGCAUUGUAAGUGAUCAUUCAGCUACUGAUUCCAGUGAUUCACCCCAUAGAUAUGAAGGAGUUGAUGAGUCCUUGAGUGGUGAUGAGGAUUUUAUGGAUGGGUGGGAUCAGAGGAGGAGAAAAUCCCGUUCGGAAGGAUUUAGUAGAUCAGGUCAAGUUCAUAAGCAUGAGAAAUUUAAUGAGGAUGAUAAGCUUGGGUGGGACUCUGUGGAGGAGUAUGCACCAGGAAAAAGAUCUCGUGAUUGUGAAAAAAGGGCAGGGAAUAGGGCUGUCCAUGAGAAAAAACGGGCAUUCUGUGCUCCAUUGUCUUUCUGGCCUCACUGGGUUUACCAAAUGUACGACUCAUAUUCACUUGCUCGAAGGGCUGCAGAUUUGUGGAAGCAAAUAAUUGGAAGUCCAAAUAUGGAUGAUUAUAUAAGAAAGCCAGACCUUUUAUCAUUUUAUAUUGCAAGCAAGCUUCCCAUGUCAGAAUCUACAAGGCAGGAGCUGUUGGAGAUUGAUGGGAUUUCAUAUCGAUUGAGACGGGAAAUACAGUUACUGAAAGGCUUUAAUCUUAUACGUUGUAGAAGCUGUCUGACUUUAAUUGCAAAGCGAAGUGAUAUGGUGGUGAUGUCUAGUGAUGGACCCCUCAAUGCUUAUGUGAACCCUCAUGGUUAUGUGCAUGAGGUCAUUACUGUUUAUCAUGCAACUGGGCUAGCACUUUUUGGUGGUCCUGUCAAAGAGCAUAGCUGGUUUCCAGGGUAUGCAUGGACGAGCACCAACUGUGCAGUUUGUGAAUCAAACAUGGGCUGGUUAUUUACAGCUACAAAAAGAAAUUUGCUACCGAAGUCAUUUUGGGGGAUCCGUAGUUCUCAAGUAACAGAUGAUACACAAUGAGAACUGAAAGGAGGAAGAAGGUUUUUUUUUUCUUGUUUUAGCCAAGUGUUGUCUGUAUAUACAUGCAUCUUAAUUCCCAAGAAUAAGCUGUAUGCUUAUUCAAGGUUGGUGUUCUAGCUGCACACAAGUCUCCAAAUAGUUCGGCAUUACCAACGUGUGAUUUAAUGCAUUAUGUAUCUGAAUGGUUGUAUCAAAACCCAAGAGCGCUCGUUGUUGUUAUGAUAUCCUAGUGAAGCGGCUAGUUUUCCAUUUUAACCCAAA